UUCCCGCCAAUGACCUUCGCUUUUGACAGUAACGCGCCCAGGCCGGGGUGAUGAAAUAAUCGGACCAGGACCUUUCACUCUCGGUACAAAAGGGGAGAACACACACACACACACAAAUGGUAGCAAUCGUGUACUAUCGGAUGCCGCAAACAGCAGACACCUCUUUCAACAGCUGGCGUCGGAGGUCCUUACGGGGUGGAAAACCCUUCCCAUUAUUCGUUCAUCACCAUUGUCUGUGUGUGCCCUUUCCUUCGCGGUUGGGGUCAGGAACGUUCACGACCGUUUACUGAAUCCGAAAUUAAUCAUCCCCGAAGGGAGGUACUGUUUCGGGACGCGAUGGGCCAGCAUAAAAUCGCUUUCGAAUCGUUGUGUAUCGUGCGGCGGCUCGAUUUGUGCGAUGUCAUGCGGGGAUAACGUUAUUGUUAAUACGAUGAAUAUGUCGUUUGGGGCGAUUGUGGUGUGCGAUGAAACGAGUUAGAUAAGCACGCAACGCCGGCAAGACCGCCUACCGCACAUACCCUGGAAGGUGUCGAGCUUAAAGAGCAACCGCUGUAGUGGUCGUAGCGUGCUGACACUCGCCGUGCUGCUGGUUUGCCCUCACAUCACUCACUCGCGGACAUUUCGGAUGAAUGUGAACGUGAUUGCACAGGCAAGGCGGGAAAACCCAAGGACGACCCACACUGACCAUUCAGUCGAUAAUUGGAAGCGAAACGAGGCGCACACCUGCUACUCAACUUGUACGCUGGCCGGAUGGUCCUUCCUCGGGCGUUCUUGGCCAACAUUCGACGGCGACUAGCAGGUUCGCGUACAGUGAUGCACACCGGCAUGGGAUGUUCAUCGUCCGUUGUGCUUGAGGAAUCGGUGCCAGCGGGGCAUCCGCCAACCCCGGUAAUGGAUACCGACGGGGGGUACGGCCUCCACCAGCCACCAGCGUUCCUGCCGAAGCAGUCCGAAUCGUUCGUCGAAGCGUACCGUCGGUUGGAUGAGGAAAUUUGCGCGCUCGAAAGUACGACGCCCGGUCCACGGCUGAUGACGGCGGAGGCUUGGGUUGAGCUGCUAAACAGUGCCAAGAAGGGUGGAGUCGAGCAGGGAGUUACGGUACCGCCACCACAGCCACCACCUCCACCCUUACCGAAUGAGGUGAUGCUUGCUAAUGGAACCGUCCCGAAUGGUGGUGUAUUUAGGCGACCGAUAAUGGCUGAAAAGGAUCAUCUAGCCGAGAGUGCCCGUGCCGAGCUGGUUAAGGUUCGUGAAAUCAUUCUCAAGCUAGACAUCGUGUCGAACCAGUUCAAAGCGGCCCAGCAGGAAGAGUUUGUGGCGCGACUGUCCCGCACCGCCAUGGACCAGGAGGCGGACCACUUCCGCGAGGAGAUGAUUGUACACGCGCGCAAGCGUGCGCUAACGCUCCGCAAGGACUUUGAACGCUUGAAGCGACUGUACGCCGAACAGGAUCAGCUCCUGUCGACCGUUUACAGCGGUGCGUACGGUACAGUGAACGAACAGACCCUCGAUACGGAGCUAGAGGCGGCACGGGAUGUACGCGACCGGCUCGGUGGUGCCGUCGAGCAGUGGCGCAUUGCCGGCGGAUUGCUUCGAGCUGCCGCCAAAGGGCUGCACCAGGUCGUGGACUACUGGGAGCUGCUACGGCCGUCGAAAAGUGCGGCAGAAACGAUCGAGCUUGCGCUGGACGCAAGGUCCACGUGUCACGGUGCACUGAUGGCACUGGAGGCCGCCCAGGCCGCACUACCAUCGGUGGAGAUACCGUACAUUACGGUCCGGCAGCAGUCCGCCGUGCGGCACGCACUCAUCUACCUCCUCACCGAUAUGGUUAAUCCGGCCCGGUAUCAACACACCCGCGACGUGUUCGGUGUGUUUAGUGCGAACGUGGCCAAAGCCGUCCACUGGCUGCACGAGUGUUACAGUGAAACGCUGAAGCAGGACUUGGACAGUGCCGACCAGGUGGCGACACUGUUGGCGAAAAACUUGCGCGAAGAACGGUUGCGGCACAUUGGGAGCCGGAUGCCGAACAGGGUUUACGUCCGACCAGCGAUCGGAUAG